AUGGAGCACGCACUCACAUGCAAUAACCUCAAAUGUCGAAGAGAGCUGAGCGAACGUGCACUUGUGACGACAUGCAGCCAUAUCUUCUGCAUGGAUUGCGCCCAGCGACUCGGCGUCAACGGACAGGAAGCUGGUCGUCGCAAUACAUGCCCUGCCUGCCACUCGCAACUAACCAAUCCGGACGACGCCGUGAUUACGAACCUGAAUCCAAGUGAAGACUACAAGACCAGUGUCCUAAGCGGACUGAGCCCCAACGUUAUCAUGGAAUGUGCCGGCCGGGCUCUCAGCUUCUGGGCUUACCAGACCACCCAAGACAUCUAUUACCAGCAGUAUUUAUACAAAACCCUGACCGAAAAGUACUCAAGUCUCAGUGUCCGCCUCGAGAAGACCGUAAACGAUGCUAACUCGGAGAUCGAGGGUCUUCACCACAAGUUGUCAAGUCUAGCAGCAGAUCAGGAUGCUCUGCGGCGCAAGAAUGAAGAAAUCUCCCGGGCUUACAAAGACAAAAGUCGUAAGGUCCAGCAGUUACAAGAACUCUACGAAAAAGUCAAGAGGAAGGCUGAGCUUGGUCAGAUUCAGAGGGCAGCAUCGGAUGCUGUUGACUCAACCUUACAAACAACCCAGAUGGACUCAGGAUAUGAAGUUCACUUGCCUACACAAAGCCAUGCUGAAAGUAUCCCUCCGCCAGCCUUUAGCCAGAGUCAUCGCAUUGAUAUCUCGGGACUGAAUACCGGCCUCUCACGAAACUAUACAAAUAUAACAAGAGAAGGAAACCAUUGGCCACGACUGGGAGGGUCAUCCCAUCGCGAUACAUCAGAAGCACCUGUUGGUGGCCUCCGCCGAUCUGGCAUCAACACAACAUCCGUGCAUCAAACGACAACAUUGCCAACUCUCGCAGGAACCCCAAUUCCUAGUUUUGGCGGUACAAGGCAGUCUACAAUCGCGUUUGCUCCAGGCUUCAGUCAUCAUCGGGGUAGCCUGGCAGGUGUUGGACUAACAUCCGGCAUCAAAGUGAUUAACAUGCAAGACAGCUUCAUCGCUAAGAUUAAAUGGCAUACCCAAUCGGCACUGGGUUUGCCGUCAUCUGAGCCAUCGGGCUCGCGAGAUGGCGGUAAACCUGUGCGAAUAUUCGCGCGCAUCAGGGAAAAAACAAGGGAAUGGCACAAGCUGAGAAGGGUUGGGGGUAAACCCCAGAACCUACGGGCACAAUAUCUGGCUGAACAAGCCAAGAUGCAAGGUAUGGUUUCGCCCCCAAACACCAUAUCGCGUCUCGCCAUGGAACUGCAACGGUUUCCCCCUUUACCGGCGGAGCUACCAGGUGACAACACAGAUACAUAUUCCAGGGCGAGAAUUGAGCGAGGUCAGUCAGCGCAGCAGCAGCAGCAGCAGCAGCAUGAAGCCCCUGUCUCUCGUCCAGUUCCUACCACUGAUGACUCUCAUCAACCCGGAGAAAACGACAAAUUCAUUGUUGUUUCUGAUCCGGUACUCGACAAUGCGAAGGACUCUGGUCACCAAUAUAAAGACACGCCUCAUGCACAGAGAAACAGAAUUGUUGAAUAUGAGCAGGAUCUAAGGAUACUAUCGGAUGAGCCAUGUAUUCCUCGACCUCGGAUAGGUCCAGGUCAUGUCGUCCAAGAUGAUAAAGAAAUUCUUCAUCUCGAGACGCGCAUACAGACGAUCCGGAGAGAUUGCGAACAGCUAUCAGAAAUCAGAACGGAGCUAGAGCGCCAAAUCCUGGUAGCGAAAGAGUUUGCCUUCAAGCUGUACUGCCAGACACAUGAAUGGGAGUAUCGGAGUCCAAUUCUACAAGAACCUGUUCCCCUACUGCAGGUAUUGAAAGGACUUCAAACUAUCAUGAUGUGGCUACAAGCCCGCGUUCAGUGGUAUGAAAGAAAGCACCCUGCGAUUCGUGAGCACUACAACAUGGGUAUGAAAUUGCAAAACAAGACUUCUGAGUUGGUGAGGCUGGAGGAUAGCGAUAUUUAA